GGGUGAAUGUUUGGCGCUUUUCGCUUCAUUGUUAUUGUGGAAUUGAGAGUUCAGUAAUUGUUAUUUUUCAAUGAAUAAUUUGUAAUGUAAUAAUGCCGGCGUUUUUAAAGUAUAUUGACAUGGAAAAUUUCAAGUCCUACCGGGGUCAGCACCGUGUAGGACCUCUGAAAUCUUUUACUGCCGUUGUUGGUCCGAACGGUUCAGGAAAAUCAAAUUUUAUGGAUGCUGUAAGUUUUGUUAUGGGCGAAAAAACUUCUCUACUCCGAGUGAAACGACUCAGUGACUUGAUACAUGGUGCUUCUAUCAACAAACCUGUGUCACGAAGUGCAUCAGUGACAGCAACAUUUGUUCUGGAAGACAUGACCACAAAGCAGUUCCAGCGAUCUGUAAUAGGACAAUCCUCGGACCAUAAGAUUGAUGGACAGUCCGUGUCUGUCAGCCAGUAUCUAAGUGAGCUAGAGAAGCUUGGUAUUAACGUAAAGGCCAAGAACUUCUUAGUUUUCCAAGGAGCUGUUGAAUCUAUUGCUAUGAAAAACCCAAAGGAGAGAACUGCACUUUUUGAAGAAAUUAGUGGAUCUGGAGUACUAAAGGAACAAUAUGAAGCGUGCCGAGCAGAAGUAAACAGAGCUGACGAGGAGGCGCAGUUCUCAUAUCAGAAGAAGAAGGGAGUCGCCGCAGAACGUAAAGAGGCAAAGUUUGAGAAAGAAGAAGCGGAGAAAUAUACACGUCUUAAACAGGAGUUGCAAGAGCAAAAAGUAGAACUUCAACUAUUUUAUUUAUAUCAUAAUGAGAAAGAGAUACAGUCCCUUGAAGAGGACCUUCAGCACAAGCAGAAUGAGUUGACCAAGGUAGAGAAGAAGCGACAGAAGGCAGAGGAUGCUCUUAAAGAGAAGAAGAAAGAAGCAGGCACUGUGCAGAGGGAACUCGCUAAAAUAGAACAGGACAUAAGAGAAGUGGAAGCAGAAGUAUCUAAGAAGCGGCCGACAUUCAUAAAAGCGAAGGAGCGCGUCACUCACACGCAGAAAAAGUUGGAGAGCGCUUUAAAGACUCUGGAGCAGGCACGCAAGGCGCACGAGGCGCACCAGACCGACAUCAGGAAGCUGGAGGAGGAGCUGCGCCAGGUGGAGGAGCAGAAAGCCGCCUGGGAGCAGACCAUCCUCGGCACCAACCACAGCGGCAGAGCUGAUGUGCAUCUAGAGGAAGCUCAGAUUCGCGAGUACGAGGAGCUGAAGAUGGAGGCGUCUCGUCAGGCGGCGCGCUACCUGCAGGAGCUGGACUCCGUGAACCGCGAGCAGAAAGCAGACCAGGACCGCCUCGACAACGAGAUGCGUCGCAAGGGCGAGGUCGAGAACAAGCACCGCCAGAAGGGUCACGAGAGGAAUGAGGCAAUGAAGCGAGUGGAGAAGUUGAACGAGCACAUCAAGAGCUCGGAGCAGGCGCUGGAGGAGCAGAGGAGACUGAGAGCCGAGCUACAGGCGGACGUGGGCGAGUGUCGCGGGCGCGCGGCGGAGCUGCAGGCGCAGCUGGAGGAGGUGGCCUCGCAGCUGGGAGACGCGCGCGUGGACAAGCACGAGGAGGCGCGCCGCCGCAAGAAGCAGGAGAUCGUGGAGAGCUUCAAGCGCGAGAUCCCCGGCGUGUACGACCGCAUGAUCAACAUGUGCCAGCCCACGCACAAGCGGUACAACGUCGCCAUCACCAAGGUGCUCGGCAAGUACAUGGAGGCCAUCGUCGUCGACACCGAGAAGACCGCGCGCCGCUGCAUUCAGGUGCUCAAGGAGCGCAUGCUCGAGCCCGAGACCUUCCUGCCGCUCGACUACAUCCAGGCCAAGCCGCUGCGGGAACGACUCAGGGACAUAAAGGAGCCGAAGAACGUAAAGUUGUUGUUCGACGUGCUGCGCUUCGAGCCGCCCGCCAUCCACCGCGCCGUGCUCUUCGUCACCAACAACGCGCUCGUCUGCGAGACGCCGGAGGACGCCUCUCGCGUCGCCUACGACCUCGACCGCAACAAGAACAGCAGAUACGACGCGCUGGCGCUGGACGGUACCUUCUACCAGAAGUCGGGCAUCAUCUCCGGCGGCUCGCUGGACCUGGCGCGCAAGGCCAAGCGCUGGGACGAGAAACAUCUCUCCCAGCUCAAGGCUAAGAAAGAAAAAUUGACGGAAGAGCUCCGAGAGUCGAUGAAGAAGUCCCGCAAAGAGUCCGAGCUGACGACUGUGGACUCUCAGAUACGAGGUCUAGAGUCGCGUCUCAAGUACGCCAUCACUGACCGCGACACCACCUUGAAGCAAAUCAAAGCGCAGGACGCAGAGCUGGCGGAGUUGGAGAGAAAGAUAGAGAUGUUCGGACCGCAGAUAGAGGAGAUAGAGCGCACUAUCCGCGCGCGCGACGCCCGCAUCCAGGAGGUGAAGGAGAACAUGAACAACGUGGAGGACGUCGUCUUCCGCGGCUUCUGCAGGGACAUCGGCGUCGCCAACAUCAGACAGUACGAGGAGCGCGAGCUGCGCGCACAACAGGAGCGUGCCAAGCGACGUAUGGAGUUCGAGGCUCAGAUGGACCGCAUCGCCUCCAACUUGGAGUUCGAGCGCUCCCGCGACACCCAGAAGAACGUGACCAGGUGGGAGCGCACGGUGCAGGACGCGGAGGACGAGCUGGAGGCUGGGCGGCAGGCGGAGGCCAAGCAGCGGCAGGACAUCGACCGCGAGCUGCGCCGCGGGGAGACGCUGAAGGCGGACCGCGCGGAGGCCAAGCGCCGACAGCAGCUCGCAGACGACGACGUCGCCGCGGCUCGCAAGGAUCUCGCCAACAUUCAAAAAGAUAUUCAAAGCAUACAGAAACAGAUCUCCAGCUUGGAGUCGAAAAUAGAGAGCAAACGCAGCGAUCGACAUAACAUUUUGCGCCAGUGUAAGAUCGAUGACAUAAUAAUCCCUCUGCUGGAGGGCAGCCUGGAUGACACCGCGGACACGGAGUCUGAGCAGUCCUCGAUGUCCACCACGCAGCAGUACCGCCGGGAAUCCAGGAUCCGCGUGGACUACUCGUCGCUGCCGGAGUCGCUGCAGGAGCUGGAGGAGGCGGACGAGGUGAAGCGCAAAGCGGACAAGCUGCAGAAGAACAUCAACACGCUGCAGAACACAGUCGACAAGAUACAGGCGCCCAACAUGCGGGCGAUGCAAAAACUGGACGAAGUGCGUGAGAAAGUGAACGCGACCAACGAGGCGUUCGUGGCGGCGAGGAAACGCGCGCACAAAGCCAAGCUCGCCUUCGAGAAGGUGAAGAAGGAGCGCCACGACAAGUUCGUGGACUGCUUCGAGCACGUCGCCAACGAGAUAGACGCAAUCUACAAGGCGCUGGCAAUGAACCAGUCGGCGCAGGCGUUCCUGGGCCCCGAGAACCCGGAGGAGCCGUACCUGGACGGCAUCAACUACAACUGUGUGGCGCCGGGCAAGCGCUUCCAACCCAUGUCCAACCUUUCCGGUGGAGAGAAAACUGUCGCCGCCCUCGCUCUGCUCUUCGCCAUACACAGCUACCAGCCGGCGCCGUUCUUCUUGUUGGAUGAGAUCGAUGCGGCGUUAGACAACACCAACAUCGGCAAAGUGGCCUCGUACAUCCGCUCCAAGAAGGGCAGUCUGCAGACCAUCGUCAUCUCGCUCAAGGAGGAGUUCUACGGAUGUGCGGACGCGCUCAUCGGCAUCUGCUCGGAGCCUGCUGACUGUCUGGUGAGUGACGUGUACACGCUCAGUCUGGAGCCCUACCAGCUCUGACAUCGCCUGCGCAGCCCCCGCCUCACCUC